AUGUUUAGCAGGGCGGCACACUCCAAACCCCAGCCCCACCCCCAGAGCGAAACCCGCGCCGAGCCCAGCGAUCCAUCGGGACAGCCCCCGCUCCCGGCGGCCUCUCCCCCCCCAGACGAUCUUUGCGUUGCCACCAUAGGCAACCUUUCCUCCUCCGGCCGCCGGGCCGCCGCCGCGAUGGCCGACCCGGCGCCUCCCGCCCCGGCGCGCGGCGACUUCACGCGGUCGGUGAAGCUCAAGUACGUGAAGCUCGGGUACCACUACCUGAUCACGCACGGCGCGUACCUGGCGGUGGCGCCGCUGCCGGGGCUCGUGGCGGCGCACCUCUCCACCUUCACGAUGCACGACCUGGCCGACCUCUGGGCCGGCGUCCUCCACCACAGCCUCGGCUCCCUGCUCGCCUGCCUCGCCUUCCUCGUCGCCGCCUGCACCGCCUACCUCGUCACCCGCCCGCGCCCCGUCUACCUCGUCGACUUCGCCUGCUACAAGCCCGACGACGCGCGCAAGUGCAGCCGCGCCCGCUUCAUGGACUGCACCGAGAAGCUCGGCACCUUCACCGACGACAACGUCGAGUUCCAGCGCCGGAUCGUCGAGCGCUCCGGGCUGGGUGAGGAGACGUACCUCCCCGAGGCCGUGCUCAACCUCCCGCCCAACCCCUCCAUGGCCAACGCGCGGAAGGAGGCCGAGCUGGUCAUGUUCGGCGCGCUGGACGAGCUGUUCGCCAAGACGGGCGUGAAGGCCAAGGACAUCGGCGUGCUCGUCGUCAACUGCAGCCUCUUCAACCCGACGCCCUCGCUCUCCGCCAUGGUCGUCAACAAGUACAAGCUCCGGGGCAACAUCGUGAGCUACAACCUGGGCGGCAUGGGGUGCAGCGCGGGGCUCAUCGCCGUCGACCUCGCCAAGGACCUGCUGCAGGCGCAGCCCGGCACGUACGCCGUGGUGAUCAGCAUGGAGAACAUCACGCUCAACUGGUACUUCGGCAACGACCGCUCGAUGCUGGUGUCCAACUGCCUGUUCCGCAUGGGCGGGGCGGCGAUCCUGCUGUCGAACCGCCGGUCGGCGCGGCGGCGGUCCAAGUACCAGCUGGUGCACACGGUGCGCACGCACAAGGGGGCGGACGACAAGGCGUUCCGGUGCGUGUACCAGCAGGAGGACGAGUCGGGCAAGCGUGGGGUGUCGCUGUCCAAGGGCCUGAUGGGCAUCGCCGGCGGCGCGCUCAAGGCCAAUAUCACCACGCUGGGGCCGCUGGUGCUGCCCCUGAGCGAGCAGCUGCUCUUCUUUGCGACGCUGGCGGCCAGGAGGCUGCUCAACGCCAAGGUGGAGCCCUACAUCCCGGACUUCAAGCUGGCGUUCGAGCACUUCUGCAUCCACGCCGGCGGGCGGGCGGUGCUGGACCAGAUGGAGAGCAACCUGCAGCUGUCGGAGUGGCACAUGGAGCCGUCGCGGAUGGCGCUGCACCGGUUCGGCAACACCUCCAGCAGCUCGCUCUGGUACGAGCUCGCCUACGCCGAGGCCAAGGGCCGGAUCCGCAAGGGCGACCGCACCUGGCAGAUCGCCUUCGGCUCCGGGUUCAAGUGCAACAGCGCCGUGUGGAGGGCGCUCCGGUCGGUCAACCCGGCCAACCCCGGGGACGUCGCCGGCAACCCCUGGGCCGACGAGAUCCACCGCUUCCCCGUGCCCGUGCCAAACUUCUCAGCCAUCGAUCCUCCAUCCACUUCCAGCGACACCACCCAGCAAUAAGGAUUUCUAGUGGCCACGUACGUACGUCUUUUGGUCUGUAGCUAGCAUUAUACUGUAUUAGCGAGCUGCUUGGUUGGGGUUGCAUUGGUAUUAAGUAGAGUCAGUCGAGCUAGGUUUGCUUAAUUUAGUUGGGGUAUUGUAUUUGAUCUGAUUGAUGAGAUUACUAAGUCUUCCGUUGAUCCUCUA